CCCACGUUUCAAGUGGGCUGCCCGCAGCUUAAAACGGACGUCACAGCUGUUCCGCUCCCCCGCUCCGCCGGAUAGAUAGUGCCGUGUCUCAGCCUGAGCGCCAUUCCUAGAAGCUCACGGAAGACUCGCUCCCGCUGCUCCGUGUCCCCCUUCGCAGAAGUCUGUAGCGGACGUGCUCGCAUUUUGAAUCGCAGCGAAGCUCCCAACCUCCCCUGAGCAGACAUGGCAAGCCACGACCCUGGAAGCGCCUUCGUGCAGACGCAGCAGCUGUCGGCAUCGCGCGCCGACACAUUCCUGGAGCACAUGUGCCUCCUGGACAUCGACUCGGAGCCCAUCACGGCACGCAACACUGGCAUCAUCUGCACCAUCGGGCCUGCAUCGCGCUCGUUGGACACCCUGAAGGAGAUGAUCAAGUCGGGCAUGAACAUCGCUCGCAUGAACUUCUCCCACGGCAGCCACGAGUACCACUCUGACACCAUCAAGAACGUGCGCGAGGCCACGGAGAGUUUUGCCGGGAAUCCCAUCUACUACCGCCCUGUGGGGGUCGCCCUCGACACCAAGGGGCCCGAGAUCCGCACCGGCCUCAUCAAGGGGAGCGGCACGGCGGAGGUGGAGCUGAAGAAGGGCGCGGAGCUGAAGGUGACGCUGGACGACGCUUACCAGGACGCGUGCGACGAUACCAUGGUGUGGCUCGACUACAAGAACAUCACCAAGGUCGUGACGCCCGGCAGCAAGAUCUUCGUGGAUGACGGCCUCAUCUCCCUGCUCGUCAAGGAGAUCGGCGACGACUACGUCAUUACAGAGGUAGAGAACGGGGGGAUGCUGGGCAGCCGCAAGGGCGUGAACCUGCCCGGCGCCGCUGUGGACCUCCCCGCCGUCUCCGCCAAGGACGUGCAGGACCUGCAGUUCGGCGUGGAUCAGGGCGUGGACAUGGUGUUCGCAUCGUUCAUCCGCAAGGCCGCCGACGUCGAGGAGGUGCGAGCCGUGCUGGGGGAGAAGGGGAAGAACAUCAAGAUCAUCAGCAAGAUUGAAAACCACGAGGGCGUGCGCAGGUUUGAGGAGAUCCUGGAAGCCAGCGACGGAAUCAUGGUGGCUCGUGGGGACCUGGGAAUCGAGAUUCCCGGAGAGAAGGUGUUCAUUGCGCAGAAGAUGAUGAUCGGACGCUGCAACCGUGCGGGCAAGCCGGUCAUCUGUGCCACGCAGAUGCUGGAGAGCAUGAUCAAGAAGCCUCGGCCUACGCGCGCGGAGAGCAGCGACGUGGCCAACGCGGUGCUGGACGGCGCCGACUGCAUCAUGCUGAGCGGGGAGACGGCCAAGGGAGACUACCCCCUGGAGGCCGUGCGCAUGCAGCACGCGAUUGCCCGGGAGGCCGAGGCGGCUAUGUACCACCGUCAGCUGUUUGAGGAGCUGCGGCGGCUGUCGGGCAUCACCAGCGACCCCACCGAGACCACCGCCAUCGGCACCGUCGAGGCCUCCUUCAAGUGCUCUGCGGGUGCCAUCAUCGUGCUCACCAAGUCCGGGCGCUCUGCUCACCUGCUCUCCAAGUACCGCCCGCGCGCGCCCAUCAUCGCGGUGACGCGCUGCGGCCAGACCGCGCGCCAGGCGCACCUCUACCGCGGGAUCUUCCCCGUGCUGUGCCGCGAGCCGGUCAACGACGUGUGGGCCGAGGACGUGGACCUGCGCGUCAACCUCGCCAUGGAAGUCGGCAAGUGCCGCGGCUUCUUCAAGCAGGACGACGUGGUGAUCGUCGUGACGGGCUGGCGCCCGGGUUCCGGCUACACGAACAUGAUGCGCGUCAUCAAGGUCACAUAGAGCGGGGCGGCCAAGCGAGCGCGACAGAGGGGCAGGCGAGCGAGGGGGCACCAAGGAGAGCUGGCGGGUAGAAAAUGACGACGCAUGCUAAACCGGGGACCAAGUACACUCCAGGGCCGGUUGGCAAAAUGACGACGUGGAUGGUUUUUUCCUGUGUGUUUUUGUCUAAUUUUUUUCUGUUUACUAUUUUGUUAUUUUCGAGUCCUUGGAUAUUCUUCGUUCCAUCAGAGUGCUUUCAUCGGGUGCCGAACGGGACUGUCCAAUAAUUUCAUUGCUCAAAUACAGCUUUAUCGUUUUAGCAGAGCACUUGCCAUUCAGUGCUCUGAGGUCUUGGUCACGUUUCUGUAAUUUCCAAAAAGAAAAGAACCAACCAACCAAUGUGUGCUCGCUGUGAGCAGCCAAACGUAAUAGACAAUCGACGCCGACUCUAAUGCCGACAAAGCAGCUGUGAAAAUAUUAAUUCUGUACCGUGUACCAUGAACUGGCAAAAUCUGUCGGACGUGGGACACACGCGUGUAAGGACCGGACUAAUUAUGUCCGCAUGUUUCAAACGGAACUUACACCUACGCAAAAUAGUAACACGAUAUUUCCUCCGGUUAGUUUUUAGGCUAGGUGCUUUACAACGAUGGCAAAAUGUAAAAAAAAAAACCUGGCUUACUGAAUACUCGUAGCCUAUGACCAAAUCGACCGGAAUGCGCCCGAGUCCUGGUCGACCAAGCCGGGUAGAGCCCGCGGGUUGCGUUUUGCAUGGUUGACCAUCGUGCAACAGGGGUUUUUGGCCAACAGAUGGCAGUGCACCAACAUCCCCGUUAUUCUUUCCCCAACCCUAACCAUCGGUGGUCGAAUCGCGGGCGAGGGACCCGCGCGGCAUCCGGAGGCCCUCGUCCAGCAGUGGAUCGGCAUUCGUAGGCGGGACAGGGACGGCGGGUUGAUGGAAAAACUCGCGAUUUGCCGUGGGGCCACGCGUGUGUUGUGAGUGUCGCUCCCGAUGGUAGCACUCUGCGUGCGGAAGGCCGCGCUGUUCUCGGCAGACAUAACGAGGAAGAGGAGGUCUUGUCUCCUCGAUGUUAAAGACAAACGUUUAACUUCAGACGAGUCCCACGCAGCGGCUCUGUCGCUGCCGCCGCCGCCGCUGCCGCUUUGCGUGUUCGUGUGUGCGUGCGUAUAUAUAUCCAUGUGUGGGCCUUGCAAACGUUAAUCUACUGUAUCGCGCAAGCACUUAGGCCGGUGUUGGCCACGAUAUUUUUCUCUCUCUUGGAAACGGCAAAGUUAUGAGAAGUACUUUAAUGUGUGCACAGCUUGAAAUAAAAAUGUAAAAUGCGAGCUCAUUCCAAACACGGCGAGCGCUGCUUUGUGGCUUAAGUUUAUUUUUCCAACACGUACAACCACAGGACGGCAAUAUAAGCAGGUGAUUGUUCUCCUGCAUAAUAGACGUGCUUUUUAAAUUUGCCUUCGUGAACCAAGAAUCUAUAUAUUUUCUGCCACCAAUAUAUAUGCGUAAUAGUAUAAACGUAUAGUCUCGCUUCCCAGCAAAAACCAAGACGCAUCUCCCAAAGAAAAAAAACGCGUUCUCCUUCGGGGCAUCCACGGACAUGAAGGGCAUCAUCGCUGUCAAUGUUGUCGUCUCCUCUUCUUCAUUGUGGUGGUGCCAGCACCUGCGCCCCGUAUAGCUGAGACAAACGUUGCCACACCGACGGUUAACCCCACGGCGGUUAACCUCCACUCCGGUUAACCCCGCGGUGGGCGGCCACAUCUCGGCAGGCUUUACGUAACGGAUGCCACGUAAAAAAAACUUGGCUGUAACUCUGGAUUUCGCAAGAAAAAGACACAUUGUGCUUUUUGUCUUAGUUGAACACUUGAAGAUUGUGUGUGUACGGUGGUGGUUGGUGGCGACGGCUGUGGGCUGUGUGUGUGUGUGUUUGCUGUGCUGCUGCAGUGUAUUUAUUCUCUCUACCCAAGUUCCUCCGCUCACUUCCCCGCACCUGAGUUCACCUCCCCUUCGUCUCCCCCCCCCCCUCAACCCUUCCUCCCUUCCUUCCCUUUGCUUCAUCUGCACUGUGCUGCCGUCUCGCCCGGGCUUGUCUUGUCUUGUAAAAGGGAAAAUAAAAACCUCCAUGUGAGCAUGCGUGCA